GAACCCCCCUGUCCUAGACUGUAAUCCCUGUCCAGGCCCAGAGAGUCUCACCGUGUUGGUCUCUACAGUGGAGGCAGAUUAUUGUGACUUCCAGCUGUUGUCAGGUGUAUUUAAAGGGGGGGGGGGGGGGUCGGGUAAAACAUAGAGCUGGACCGAACCAGACCCUCCUCUAAUUAUCACACUGAGACUCUUCAUUAAAAUACCACAAGAUGGUUUUACACUGCUGGAGUUUAACACCAGGAGAGCUUCACACGGCUCCUAAUGCAGGGCUGGAAGAUGAUUAUAAGCUUUUUCUCUCUUUUCUCUCCCUCCCUUUCUCUCUCUCUCUCUCUGUGUGUGUGUCCUCCAAGAGAGACUGCAUCGAGCGUUUUGGACAGCAGACCAUCGAGAGGAUCAACAGUGAUAACGACGUCAUCUGCACCACUGAGUAUUCACGUAUAGUGCCGCUGGAGAAUGGAGAGAUCGUAGUGUCCUUGGUGAACGGCCGUCCCGGAGCCAUGAACUUCUCGUACUCGCCGGUGCUGAGAGACUUCACCAAGGCCACCAACAUCAAGCUCCGCUUCCUGAGAACCAACACGCUGCUGGGUCACCUGAUGGGGAAGGCUCUGCGUGACCCCCACCGUCACCCGCCCGGGUAAAAAUACGCAGAGACGUUUAGUGAUGAAUCACAGCGAGAGGAUAAGAUUUAAUAC